AUGGGUCAACAGGUAUCUCGUACCGGCGUCCCCAGCCGUGGGGACUGCUACGGAGCCCCAGUCUAUGCGACCAGUCUCAGUCACGAUCGGCAGACGGAGGUCUGCAUAAGCGGAGACUCCGACACGGUUCAGAUAGGCCCGCGAGCGCAGCUGCCGUAUCUGGACUUGGCUGGUACGCGUCGUCACGAUUUGUUCCGACAACUGGGUCUUGUGGUGAAGACCCGCGGCAACCGAAUCACGCAGAACGCCGAAGUCGUGAUCACUGAUUUCUAUCGACUGGACGGCAAGCGCUUUGUAUCGCGAGACCAUGACCAGGGUCCAAAGCUGACGGACUGGAGGGGGCUGAAAGGACCGGCUGAAGCGAGCUGUGGUCUGCGCGUGGGGGACACGCUCUAUGCUAUUAACCACCGACUGGUCGUGAACAAAUCCAAGAGGCAAGUGCUACGACAGAUCAAUUCGCUGCUUGAAAAGGGUGAUGGCGCUGCUGUGGUCCUUACGUGGAAACACACGGAUGAAGUCGAAGCAGUGUGCUGGGAAAACGAGCUGUGCAUGCCGCCCCCCGAGGGCGUGUAUACACAGUUAGAGAACGAAUGGGGACCUGCGCGACCAAGCAAAAUCUCCUCCGUUUCGAUCUAG